CACUGCAAUGAGGAUUAACCUCGUGCUUCAGCUGAUGCUGAUUGGAAUGACGUUCAACACAUUUGCAAAGGUUGGAUUUGAACGAGAAGGAGAGACCGGUCAUCUUUAGAAAUGUGCCUCAGAAAGUCUUGGAUUAGAAGCUCGGCGUAUAUAUGUGGAAGGGGGCGCAUGGGAUCGGGUUGAGACUGGCUGUUAGUAAUAAGGCGACGUCUUGGACGUGUCAAGACCACAUGCUUUAUGUCCUGCUCAACACACCAAGUUGAUGUCCUCCCCCUUCCUCCUCCCCACCACCAAAACAUUGGGCCAUUGAUAACAAGCAGUUAACGGAGAGGAGCCAAAAUUCUCUCGUCUGCACUUAAUCUUUCUUGGCGCGCAAACCCAUCAAAGUCUAUUUUCUUGAAAUUCCAAUCUCCUCAUCCUUCCCUGUCCAAGAAGGACACAGACAGUUCUAAAUCAUUCCCUUUCUCUCCUCGCCCUUAUUUAUUCAACAAAUUUGUUCCCCUAAUGGGCACCGUAUCGGACACCAAGACCAUCUUACAUUCACCGACCUCUUCCCAGCCGUAACUACCUCACCAAAACCCAAACACGACGACCAACGUGACCCCAAUGGAGACAAAAGAUCUGACGAUGACAAGCCUGUUGACAAAGGACCAACGGGAGAGCGAGGCCGAGCAAAGCAAUCAGAGAGAAGAGGUGAAGGAAGCGGAGAAGGGCACGCAGGACGAAAACUGUCGACUGAUGCUGGCUGACGGUCUUGCGAAGCGAGGACCCAAGAGUGCCACACCUGGCCAGCAGGUGUCCAAUGGCUUCACCACAUCCAGCCCUCAGAGUUCCAACGAGGGAGCCGGGCUUUCCGAAGCUUACUCUGCAGGUUCCACCUCGGGGCCCGCAGGCAGCUCCGGGGCCGCCGCGACGCUGGGAGGUCUCAGGACUCUGGUGGUCCAACAAACUAGCUUGGACCGGCCCAGAGAAACUUGGAGCAAGAAGGUGGACUUCUUGCUGUCUGUGAUCGGCUACGCAGUGGACCUGGGCAAUGUGUGGCGUUUCCCCUACAUCUGCUACCAAAACGGAGGAGGUGCCUUUUUACUUCCCUACCUGUUAAUGGCGGUGUUUGGAGGUGUGCCGCUCUUCUACAUGGAGCUGGCUCUCGGCCAGUUUCACCGCAAUGGCUGCAUCUCCAUCUGGAAACAUAUCUGCCCCAUCUUCAAAGGUAUAGGCUUUGCUAUCUGCAUCAUAGCCCUCUACAUCGCCUUCUAUUACAACACCAUCAUGGCGUGGGCCUUGUACUACCUGUUGUCAUCGUUCCGCUCCACCCUUCCCUGGACCACCUGCACCAACAGCUGGAACACGGGCAACUGUAACAGAUACAUGUCCACCGACUACAACGUUUCGUGGUCCAACUCCUCCACCUCCCCUGCCGAGGAGUUCUAUACUCGUCAUGUGUUGCAGGUGCACCGCUCAUCGGGUCUGCACCAGCUGGGCGCCGUCAGCUGGCAGCUCGCCCUUUGUUUGCUCUUCAUCUUCACCAUCGUCUACUUCAGCAUCUGGAAGGGAGUCAAAACAUCUGGAAAGGUGGUCUGGGUGACGGCAACCUUUCCGUAUCUGGUGCUCCUGGUGCUCCUCAUCCGUGGGGCCACCUUACCCGGGGCCUGGAGGGGUGUGGUUUUUUAUCUCAAACCUGAUUGGCAGAAACUGCUCAGCACGACAGUGUGGAUUGACGCAGCAGCUCAGAUCUUCUUCUCGCUGGGUCCGGGCUUUGGGGUUCUCCUUGCCUUUGCCAGCUACAACCCAUUUCACAACAACUGCUACAAAGAUGCUUUGGUCACCAGUUCAGUGAACUGCCUCACCAGCUUUCUGUCCGGCUUUGUGAUUUUUACUGUCCUGGGCUACAUGGCUGAGAUGAGGCAGCAGGAUGUGGAUGCUGUUGCCAAGGAUGCUGGACCCAGUCUGCUUUUCAUCAUUUAUGCAGAGGCCAUUGCAAAUAUGCCAGCUGCAACCUUCUUUGCCAUAAUCUUCUUCCUCAUGAUCAUUAUGUUGGGUCUGGAUAGCACAUUUGCCGGUUUGGAGGGAGUCGUCACCGCUAUGCUUGAUGAGUUCCCCGAUGUCCUGGUUAAGAGACGAGAGCAGUUUGUCUUUGGCCUGGUUUGCGUCUGCUACCUCGGGGCACUCUCCACCCUCACAUAUGGCGGAGCUUUUGUGGUGAAGUUGUUUGAGGAGUAUGCCACGGGCCCCGCGGUCAUCACCGUGGUACUGCUUGAAGUCGUCGCGGUUUCUUGGUUCUACGGCACCACUCGAUUCUGCAACGACAUCCAGGUUAUGCUCGGUUUCUACCCGGGAUGCUUUUGGAGGAUCUGCUGGGUCGCCAUCUGCCCCGUCUUUCUCCUGUUCAUCAUCAUCAGCUUCCUGGCCUUCCCGCCUGAGGUCAAGUUGUUCGACUACCAGUAUCCACCUUGGACCACGGCCCUUGGCUACAGUAUCGGGGUGUCAUCAUUAAUCUGUGUGCCUGCUUACAUGGUCUACCACCUAAUCAAUGCCAAGGGCACCUUCAAACAGCGUUUAUCAAAGAGCAUCACUCCGGAGCCCAGCAAUGACCAACACAGAGGCUUCAUUGUCACCAAUGCAGUCUGACCUGAUCCUCCUGUGCCACUUCAAGCUUUACUUAAAGCGCCCUCUUCUGGAUCCCUUACAACAGUACAAAACACGGAGGCUACCUUUCACCACAUUUGCCUCUUUUUUUUUUUUUCAUUGUGAAGCUCAAAUCUGGGACUGUUGGUCGGUUUCAUGUGGGUGAAGACAGGUUACAUCAAUCUUAUUUCGUUUGGUUGACUGCAGGUCGGCUCGGUCGGUGAACAUGUUUUACAUGCACCUUCCAUUUCUCUCAUGCGCAUCACUUCCUUUUUCAUCAGGUGACGCCUAUUUUGUACAGUUAUUGGCUUGCAUUUAAAUUGUACAUCUGCACUGAUCGUUUCAAUUCGAUGGUGCUCACGUGUUUGACCAUCUCUUCCUCCACUCUCAUUGUAUCAUUUUAAUAACAUACAGUACACAUAAGUUAUGCAUUCUAAUAUGUAGCAAAAUUCAGGUAUUUUCUCUCUUACAUCAUCGACGCCAAAUAUAUGACGUUUUCUCGGCUCAUAUGUCAUGCGAUGUGACAGUAUUGUUGUUCCAUCAAUGUUAGAUUACAAGGACAGAUUUGCGAAGAGUUCUACACUCUGUGGCAUUGUGUGUGCGUGUGCGUGUGCGUGUGCGUGUGAGUGUGUGACCUGCACGCGUUCAUAUGUGUGUGUGUGACAGAAAGACUGUUACAAUGGCCCAUAAACAUUCAGAUGAAAUGUGUUUUCCUUCCAUCUGUGCAAAAUGAAACGUGCAUUUUAUCAACUUUCUGCGUUCUGUCACUUGAACCUUCCAUAUGUUCAUAUAAUCUUAAUGUUACACACUAAUCAUUCUUAUUCAGUCACCUCCUGAGCUUGUAGUAAUGUUGCAGAGCCGUCAGUAAUAGAAACCAAAUAUGGACUUAAUACCAUCAACAAGGUCAUCAUCUUAAAGUCGACUUACCAUCUCUUUCCUUACUACCAAAAAGACAAGCGAGUGAGAGAAAUCUAGACUUAAGACUUCAAAUAUGGUAAGUACUGUACAUCCACAUGUGUAUUUCCUUGUCAGUGUGAUACUUAGUGUAAGCUACCCUGUGGAAAUUUGUUUCCUGCCCCUCAUGGAGGUUUGAAUGUGGAUGUUUGGAUUCGAGUGAGCAUGUGCUGAUGCGUGUGCGAGGCUAUGAGUAAGUUGGGAUGGUCAGCCUUUAUGUGUGCAUGCUGUGAUGUGUGUGUAUAAUGUACUCAAGGUGUGUGUGUGUGUGAGAGAGAGAGAGAGAAAACGUGUGUAUGCACAAUAUGGUCUCUUGUUGUUGUCAAUUGCCAAAUUAUCUCAUGAAGGAUGUAAACUCCCUCUAGUACCUCUCAAGCUUAUAGAUCUAUGUACUACGUCUUCAAAAAGACUGUAUUGACAACCCUACCUGGAUAGAAUAAAGCUAUUGAAAUAUAUGAGAAUAUGAGAAGCAUCAGAUAAUAAAGAUAUAUGGAGAAAAAAAAA